AUGUCGGCUCCUCCAGACUUGCCCGGCCCGGAAGACGGCUUUGAGAGUGACGACCCCGCCGACUACUUGGCAGAAGAGGACAGACCUGACUGCAACAUUUGCUGUGAUUUUAACCCAAAAUACCUAGAUUCUGAUGAUAGUAACGAGCAUCGCUACUCGAGCCUGGUGCGCUCCUCAAGGGACGGCUGCUUUACGUUCAAAAUGCUGGAGGAAAUCAUCACCGGCCUCUACAAAUUCGACAACGCAUCUCUGGUAGCCUUCAGCUUUACUUAUGAGGAUCUUGAGCUGUGGAAUAUCGGGGGCGGAACUAUUGGCAGCAUAGAAUUGCACCAGGCAGCUGACACAUCUUGUCCAUGGGGCUUAGUACACAAAGAAAUCAAUCAUCCCAAGAGCACAGCAUCGCGGAGGAGCCUCUCCUGGGCCAAGAAGCAGAUUCAGACCUGCCUUGCCCACCACACAGGGUGCGGCGAUCCUAUAGCUCUGUUACCUACCAGGGUGAUUGAUGUAGGCACGUCGGGUAGCGAAACGAUAAAGAUUCUUGAGACAAAAGGGUUGCGCGGAAAGUAUGUGACGCUCAGUCACUGCUGGGGAAAGCUGGCAUCGAUGCCCAAACUCACAGCACACACUCGAGACCGAUGUCUGGAGGGGAUCCCGUGCGAAGCCCUUCCGCGCACAUUUCGGGACGCUGUCAUGAUAACAAGGUAUUUGAACAUUCGCUAUCUCUGGAUCGACUCGCUGUGUAUCAUCCAAAAAGAUGAUGAAAAGGACACGCCUCAAGACAAGAACAUGCACCAGAAAGACUGGGAGCAUGAGUCUGGAAGGAUGUGCUCUGUGUACCAGAAUUGCUAUCUGACACUUGCGGGCCUUGACUCCCCUAAUUGCGACGGGGGUCUAUUCUUCAAGAGAGACAAGGUCCGGGUGGAGGGCGACAGCGGCAAGGGCCAGUAUUGCUUCGAUGGGUACAGGGAAAUUGAGCACUUCGCAGUGAAGUUCCCGCUGCUCCUGCGUGGUUGGGUAAAACAAGAAACCCUUCUCUCGCCAAGGACACUAUUCUGCGGCAAAGAAGAGCUCAUCUGGCAGUGCAGAGCCCACGCAUUCUGUCAGUGCAAACAUUUCCGCGGCGACGAGACACGACACGGCAGCACGGUACUAAGCAGAGGCUUUCGAAAGCUGCCCUUGAUGGAGCAUGCUAGAGACGACUUGACACGCCCCAACCUCAUCAAUACAUGGCACGGCAUCAUCUCGGAGUAUACCUCCACUUCCUUGACGCAUAUAACCGACAAGUUGGUUGCUGUUGAGGGCAUCGCCGAGUACAUGCGGCCCCUCAAGAAUUCUGAGUAUCUGGCUGGGCUGUGGGCCGACUCUCUUGCAUUCGAUCUUCUCUGGAACAGCGAAGCUUACAACUAUGGAGACCCUACAAGAUCGGCCCAUUCCGAUCCUCUAGGCAAAACGCCGUGGAGCUCAAACAAAUGGCUCUUCCCAACGUGGUCCUGGGCAUCUAUUAAAGAGAAGACCAGUUGGACUUGGACCAAUCGGACAUGGAACACUCGUUCCAUCACGGAUUAUUCACUAUACACCGUUCUCAUCCAGCACAUCAAUGACAAAUCCUCGCCAGCCAACGAGUUAAGGUUGCGCGGUGUGAUCGUUCCAAGCACGCUUGGAGUGAUACAAAAGGUCCUCAAUUCCAGAGAGCUCUACUAUCCCGAUCUAAGAAACCAAGAACGCAUUUUCGGGGCAGACAACAGUGUAGAAUGCUUGCGAGUUGUUCAAUCAGGCAAGGACUGCUUUUCCCUUGUUCUUGUGCGUGUGGAUGAAGAGAAGAGGCAAUACGAGAGGCUGGGGGUUCUUAGGUUUCGACAUUCUGGACUGGGAUUCUGGAAAUGCGUUCAGGCAGGAGCACAAACACAAGCGGAAGUGCCACUGUGGUGGGAACCGUCCGAAGAUUGGGAAGGAGAAGAGGUCGAGAUUACGUUGAUUUAG